GGCAAUCCCUGGUCUCUCCCCAUUGGCUCCCCGCGGGCUGUGACGCAUGUGGCUGAGUCUGUCACAGAAACAUCCCCGCCCCCUAGAGAGUGAAUGGCGCAUGGGCGAUGGCCUGCCGGAAAACGGAUUUCGGCGCACGCGCAGUGCGCUUCCAGCUUGACAGCCGAUUGGCUCACACAGAAGAGCCGGCCCGGAAGUAGGCUGGUGGCGUACUUGACGGGCGUACUGGGGAAGAGGGACGGCGCAUGCGCACUUGAGAGGCGGCGGCGUGGGGCGAUGUCGGUGUUUCAUGAUGAGGUGGAGAUCGAGGACUUCGAGUACGACGAGGAGACCGAGACCUACAGCUACCCGUGCCCGUGCGGGGACCGCUUCCUCAUCACCCGGGAGGAUUUGGAGAAUGGGGAGGAUGUGGCCACCUGCCCCAGCUGCUCCUUGAUUGUGAGGGUGAUCUAUGACCAGGAACAGUUUGUGUGUGGUGAAGUAGUCUCAGCGCCUACAAGCAAGGAAUUGGUUAAAUGCUGAUGAAUGCUAUGUGGACUCUGCUCUUCUUGAACAAAAAAAAACAAUGUGUGGAUGUCAAUGUGGAAAAAUUCGCAGAGUUCUGUACUUCUAGAGGUGUUUGCUCCUCAAAUACCCGUGCAGUGACUCACUACUAUUUAUCAACAGCCUCUAGUAGUGUGAAAUAAUCCAAAACACAAGUGGGUUUGUGCCUGAAAGCAUAUAAUUCUUAAAUUAUUGUAAAAUGUUUUAAGAUUUUGAGAAGCUCUUGAGGAUAGGAUGCAAAUUAACAAAAGCGUUUUCCAGUCCGUUGCAUUAUAAGGUUGUGAAAUUUGUAUGCUAAACCUAGCUAAAGAGUAGUUAUUCUUCAGUCUCUGGACCAGCAAAGACUCCUUGUUGCUGCACAGAAUGAAAUACUUUGAUCAUCAACCGAUGGGGGCUUAAGAAAAGGUUGGCUCUAUCAGUGAUGUAUGUUACAAAAUGAUUCACCACAUGGAAAAAGUUGGACUGUUAGAAUGGUAGAAGACUUUUUCUGGUUUGGGCAAUAGAAGGUGUUCUGGUUGGAAACAAACAGCUGCAGUUUCUGCUUUCAGUAGGUACAACUUAUUUGUUGCACCUGUCAUAUCUGUUGCUUGCUGCAUUAAAGUAAACAAAUCUUUAGUCCUAGAGUCUUAAGCAAUCAUGUAAUAAUGGCUACCAAGCUAAACUUACUUAAAACAAACUAGAUAACUUCCAAUUUCCGUGUUUAGAUUGCGCAAAGAGUGACACGGUGGGCCACAUUCAGUAAUACUCAUGCAGUCCUGGUAACUUCCCAUGAAUGCACCUUCACUCCCAGUGGGGUGAAUGGGUGUAACUGCGGGCAGCAUUUGAUCCAGUUUUUUCUGAGCAACUUGGGUGAACUCAUCUGACCCUACUACAUCAAAUAGUCAAUAAGGCUGCAAGUUAUUCUCAAUGCUAUUUGUCAAUAUAUGAAUAGUGUAGCUGUGUUUCUAUUGUACGUCUCAACGUUUAUAUUAUUCUUUACCAAUGUAGACCCUGGUCCAGUAAGUGCUUUCCCAGCAGGAGUCUUUGCAUGAGUGCAGGUUUGCAUAUGACUAAAUGGUGGUCUUAAGACCGAGAAAACCUUGAAAGAACACACUCCAAAAUGCUUUAUUCUUGUGCCGCUUUACAAAUUUAUACUUCAUAACACUUGUGUGGUUUGUUUACUACUCAUGUCACUCAGCUUGGGCACCGAAUAUAAAAAAGUUAGUUUCACUAUUUCGAGCUUUCCUAUGUUAAUCCAAUCCUGCAAUAAGUGAGUUUGUACAUGCUAGAGGGGGAUAACUAAAUCCAAACAAAAUCAUGAAAAAAAUUGUUAUGAGGUUUGGUAAAACCUUGUUUUGCCAAACUUAAAUGGUUCCAAAAUGUAUCCAUUAACUACAGGUUCUGAAUCUGAACUGGAUGAUACUAUGGUUUUAACAAAUAAUUGUUUCAUUGGUUGGCCACAAGGUGGUGCUGGAUUCUUAUGUUUAAAAACUGCUGUGGUCUUGAUUUAUUUAAAAUAUAUUUUUACAAAUAUUUAUUUUGUUUAUUUAAAUAAAAGUUUUUAAAACU